AUGCGUGAAAGAAUUCACGCUGGGGAAAAUCCUUAUGAAUGUAAACUGUGUGGCAAGUGUUUUAGCCAAUCAGGACACCUAAGGAGGCAUGAAAGAGUUCACACUGGGGAAAAGCCUUGUAAAUGUAAACAGUGUGGCAAGUGUUUUAGCCGAUCAGGAGACCUAAGGAGUCAUGAAAGAGUUCAUACUGGGGAAAAGCCUUACGAAUGUAAACAGUGUCGCAAGUGUUUUAGCCAAGCAGGAAAACUAAGAAGCCAUGAAAGAGUUCACACUGGGGAAAAGCCUUAUGAAUGUAAGCAGUGUGGCAAGUGUUUUAGUGAAGCAGGAAACCUAAGGGUGCAUGAAAGAGUUCACACUGGGGAGAAGCCUUACGAAUGUAAACAGUGUGGCAAGUGUUUUAGUGUAGCAGGAACCCUAAGGAGACAUGAAAGAGUUCACACUGGGGAAAAGCCUUAUGAAUGCAAACAGUGUGGCAAGUGUUUUAGCCGAUCAGGAGACCUAAGGAGUCAUGAAAGAGUUCACACUGGGGAAAAGCCUUACGAAUGUAAACAGUGUGGCAAGUGUUUUAGUGAAGCAAGAAACCUAAGGGUACAUGAAAGAGUUCACACUGGGGAAAAGCCUUAUGAAUGUAAGCAGUGUGGCAAGUGUUUUAGCCCAUCAGGAGACCUAAGGAGUCAUGAAAGAGUUCACACUGGGGAAAAGCCUUACGAAUGUAAACAGUGUGGCAAGUGUUUUAGCCAAUCAGGAGACCUAAGGAGUCAUGAAAGAGUUCACACUGGGGAAAAGCCUUACGAAUGUAAACAGUGUGGCAAGUGUUUUAGUCAAUCACAGCACCUUAAGAGUCAUGAGAAAGUCCACAGUAGAAAACACCGGCAUAAACGCAAUAGUAAUGAACGUUUUCCUAAAGGUUUGCCUUGCAAGAGUAAGAGGGCGGUAAGUAAUGUGAGGAUUAGAUUUACAAAUGCCACACCUACACAGAGAGAGACUGGAGACUAUAGGAUAGAAGACCAGCGAUCAGACGUCAUUGAAAGACAUACCUGUUGGAUUUGUCAAGAGGAGAUGAGUAGUGAAUCUCUUCUUCUUCAGCAUUAUGAAAAUCACAUGAGAUAUAUACGUUCAGGUGGUUCAUAAAGAACCUUUCUACUACGGCCAUUUUCUUCUGUGUCCAAUGUGGCCGUUGUGGAGAGGUUCAACUGUAGACUUCGCGAUUUUGAAGGUGGACACCAAUUCUCAAGGGGUGUUUACAUGAGAAAACUUGCACUGGCGCGAGUUUCAUACCGGGAUUACUUUUUGAUUUCGUAUCGUGUUUACAUGAUGAUUGGCUCAUUUCAUAUCUCACUAUUUGAAGGUACACGUCAUGUUGAUAAAAUACAUGUGUGAUUCAAAAUCGCAUACAUAACGUAUUUGCUACCUGUUCCAGUCUACCAGCAGACUGAUUUCACACCGAAAUGUGUGGUCGUUUCGCGUUUACAUGAUGCUGUUGUGAGAUUUCGACCCGGAGUGAAUUUCUUACCCCGGUACAACAACCAGAGUGAACUCGCGCCUGGGUGACUCACGCCGGCAUGACAUUUUCUGGGGAUAUCAUGUAAACAAAUGCAGAGCCAUGAGGGGGAACCGGAGUGAACUCACUCUAGCGUGAAAGUUGUCCCCGGUGUCAUGUAAACACCCCCUUAGGCAUUCCUGUUAUACUUGCAAUAUUAAUCAUACAGGCACCAGUUGUCUGAACAUUGGAUUAGGCUAUCCAUCAUUUGAAUCACUUUUCAUAGGAAAAGUAACAAUGGAAAUAACUAAUAAUUAGUUUGUGUUAUUCCCUGGAAAGGCGUUUAUCCAAUGGAUUUAAACAUCUAGGGCCCAGUCAGUAACAUAGAUUUUUAACUAUCCAGUUUUAUCGACCGGAGUAUUGCCAGUCGAUCACCUUUCCUAAUGAGUGAGAAAUACUGAAUUUAAAUAAAAUCAAGCAGCGUGCAAAGAAAGUCGUGUUCGAUAGCCCGGGGCUAGUAGAUUUUGCUAUCGUGCUAGUUGAUUUUUGCCCUUAACUUGCCCGACGGGCAAUUUUGGGGGAAUUCAAAUUACAGAAGGAUUUUAAUCAAUACUGCUAAUCAAAAAGGGUUUUGGGGCUAGUUGAAAUGACUUGUGGGCUGGUACGUGUUAGCUACAGCUUGCCCGAAUGGUAGGCUGUUAACUGACUUUCUUUGGACCCUGAAUCAAGUCAUAUCUUUAUGUCUGUGCGCUCUAUAAUUAUAAGCUUUGCUUUUUCCAAAGAGUUGUGGCUUCUUUCACUUGCUUUAUGAUCUCAGGAGGUAGAAGUCCUCUUUGCCUUUUUUCAAGAGUGAUAAAACGUUUUUUAAUUUUAAUCGUACGGGCUCCUGUCGUUCAAACGUUGGAUGGGUCGAUGUUUCGGAUAAGUCACUUUCCAUUGGCUAACUAUUAUGGUAACUAAGUACAAUGAUGCUUUCUGGGGUGUCUGUUUUUUAGAGAAUGGGCUAGAAAACUUAACAUUAAAUGUCGUCCUCGAAUCUAAAGCUCUCGAAUAACUCUUCAGCUUGAUGUACCAAAGCGUUGCCACUUAAUCACCUUUCCUAAUGAGUAAGACGUAAAGAGCUUAAACAUCAUCGGCUCAGGCCUUUAUUUCUGUCGGGUCUAUAUAAGCUUUCCUAUUUACGCGGGAUGACGUAGUCAGCCAGCGUCUUAAAUUUGGGAGCCCAUUCCUUUCGUUUUCUUGGGAGUCAAAAACUGCCUUUUUUUAACUUUCCCGUAUCCCUUGCCCGUCCCGAUAAAUUGUGUGAUUUUUAUUGGCUGCAACUUUGAAUCACGUGCAAGUCAGGUUGGAUUGCACAAGCCGAGAAAAGAUACUGCGUCGGGAAAGAAGGGAAAAGUAAGCUUACAGCGUACAGGAGGACAAAGACUUAAGGCUGUGCUCUAACGGCGCAAGACUUGGCCUCGGGCGACUGAAGAUAUUGUCCAGUUAGCCCAGCCGGGCGACUUGCUGGUGUUGGUUUCUUGAUUUACGGUCAAAAAGCUAGAAUGUCUAGAAUUUUUUACUUGCGAAAUCGUAGCUCGCUCGGUCACUUCGCGGCCUAAAAAAGAACGCUCCGCUUGCUUAGAAACUCUUGAGGUCGACUUAUAUGUAGCAAUAUGUAGCAUGUCUAUCGAAAAGCUUUAAGAAGAUGUUGUUAAAUCGGGCAGCGGCCUGGGGCACGCGUGUGUUCAAAAGGUCGUUUCACGUGAUUCACAUGUAACAUAAUCCUUGUCUAUGAACGUGACAAGCUGCACAGUUUUCGAUUUUAACAGCUUUUCAAAAUAACAUUGAAAAUUUUUGUUCAAAUUAGGAUGGCUUAUUAGUUACUUUUUCAAAACCAAUUGUUACUUUUGCUCUGACGGCGUUACGUACGGUCGCCGACGCAAAACAAUAGUUUUGUAUUUUGAAAAAAUCGCUGAAUAAACACGGGAGUCGCUCUUUUAUGUUAAUGAAAUAUUUUUAUCUUUUUUUUUUAAUGCUGUGUCUGCGAGACUAAAACAUAACUAAGUUUGUUAUACGAUGUAUAAGAAAGAAAAGAGACGACUAUUUUAAAAUUGUGAUCGUUUUAGAAACGGGCAUAAAUCUAUAACAGACUAUAAAGUCCCGCAUUGCCUUUCGAGUCGUGACAAGGCAUUACGUAUCACUUACCAAAAAUAAAUACGCAAAAGCUAACUGAAUCCACAAAAGCUCAUUUGCCCUGAACACUUCACCGAUAAUAUAGAAAGGAAAUACUUCCGUUCUGCGCUUAAACGAAUACUUUACAACAAGAUGAACUAUUCAAAACAGAUAGUAGUGUUGGGGCGACCGGGGGGGGGAAGGUAGCACUUCCUUAUAAGAGGCUAAAUGGGAUGUGCCGCUGGAUGGGGUCGCAUUUUCACGACUGGAUUGACUAUAACGGGAUUGCAUUUUCAAUAGAAUUACUAGAAUGGGGUCGCAAAUUUUCGGAUUUUGGGGGUAAGAGAGUUGUUCAUAUUUACAGUUAACAAACGUACCAGGAUAUUUGUACUGUAGGUGAAAAGUAAAGUGUUCUUCAUUCAAUUUAUUAAAAAUGGGUCAAUUCAUUUUUUGAUGACCAGGGUUUAAAGGAUUGUAAGGUAGAUACAUAUCUAGAAAGCGACUAUGUUGGGAUCGCAAAAGUUACAUAUUUGCCCCAAAGUGACUAAUAUGGGGUCUACAAUUGGCCAGAAAAUAGACUAUAAUGGGGUAGAGGCCCUGAGAGGCCAGCGGCACAUACCCAGCAAAUAUUAACCCAAGUAAGAGUUUGACUAAUAGUCGCGGGUCGCGGGUCGCGGGUCGCGGGUCCAAAGUCGCGGUCGCGGGUCCAAUGUCGCGGUCGCGGGUCCAAAGUCGCGGCCGCGGGUCCAAUGUCGCGGCAGGGGAAAAUUAUUUGGAGUUCGAGGUAACGGAGAGACAACGAGUGAUAUGAAAAAAAUAUAAAGGGAAAAAAAAUCGUUUUUAUGCAUGAUACUCUACGGUCACCAAUUUACAGGUUACGGAUGUUACAGUCAACAAAGUAAUGUCUCAAGAAAAGACCUUAAAGAAAAAGCUGGCCGACUUUUGUGUUCGCUGCAAGUUCAUUUUGUUUUCUUUCUAUCGGGCUCAGUUAUGUAUAAAUUCAGCUUUGAAUGUACUUAUGCAUAACAGUAUCUGAUAAAAAAUGUUACCAUGAGUUACCAUUGUUUUCUUCUUGUCUAUGAAUUGCUCACAAAUUCUUAGGGGUGCAUUCACUGAAAAAUGUGCGAUACACUUUGUAGCGGCCAACACGAGCGAAGCAAUUUACGACAACGACUUUGAGUUCGCAAACGACGACACACUAUAAAGCAAGGAAAUAUUUUACGGACAGGAGUCUUGAAUCGUUUAUUCAACGUGAUCAUAGGAUCCAAGUCCUUAUCGUAAACUGAAACAUGAAAUACAAAAAAAGGCUAAGCUAAUUUCUAACAUACAAACUACAUUCCAAUCAUUCCAAAGCAAAGUUGCAAGUUACACUAAGUCUAAGCCGAAGAAGGUAAACGAAUCAAGACUUAAGAAAAUAAUCGAAAACGAAUUAACAAGUACAAAAUUCGAGAUUAUAAAAAGAUACAUCUAAAAACAAAGCGAAAACAGUUCGAUGAACUAUAAAGAUCCGUAGAACCAUAAGGUCGAAAUACAAACAAAAACUGAAACUAUAUAAAAACAAAGGGGACAAACUACUGAAAAGAUUCUGAAAAACAAACUCUAAAACGUACUUAUAACCAAGUGAAAGGUGAAUUACAUUUUAAGUAACAUCAACCAACCUAUGCCACGUGGUAACAUGGUUGAGGAAAACAUGCGAUGAAAAAACUGGUGUAAGCUAAAGGAGUCUUAUCGAAAAGGUUAGGUAUAAAAAGGAAACUUAAACACUUACAUAACAGUCCCGCUUGUAAGAGCUUGACCAAACAACUUCCAAGAUAAACUGGACAAACUGUACUAACGACGAACAUGACUUAUCGUUUGCCCAAACAAAGCCAACUAACGAAAAUGCGGUUUGAGCGGAACUUAAGUAAUCGCGUCCCUAAUGGACAAGGAAUAACGUCAUCUUGCGGUUUAACGUAAUACAAUACAAAUUAAAUCAAUAACGAAUCAAUAUUCGGGAAUAACGCGUGGUAGCCGUUACACACUUCAUAGACUAUAAAUUAUAAACGUUACAACAACUUAAAACCUUUUUUAAAAAAGGCUAACUCGGGCUCGAAAAGCUACGAGUCUGUUGGUAGAAGAAACGAGAACUGUUUCAAUUUUAACAAAUGUUUUCCGCAAAAAUAAAGAAAACGCUUGUUGAAAAAAUUCCUGGUCGUUGUUACGAAAAAUUGUAUUGAGUGACUAGUGUGAUAGAUAGAUAGAUAGAUAGAUAGAAACUUUAUUUAUGUGUCAAGAAAGAAAAACUAGCCGAGGGGCAGGCCCUCUACUAAUAGGGGACACCUACAGUUAAGAUAUAAUGGAUACAAUAAUUAAGUAGAUAAAAAAAAUCCAUACAAUAUGUUACAAAUUGUUAGCUAAAAUACUAAAGCUGAGUACUAAAAUGUUAAAAUUGUUUCCGAUGAGACAUCAAGUAUCACACAGAAGACAUCCUUUGCAUCCAUCAUCAAUAAGAGAUGUCAGAUCCGUAUUACGCAUUCGGUUUCUAAAAUCACUUAAUGAUUUACACGUUUUAUCAUUUUUGUCCAGCUUGCUCCAUAAAAUGGGACCUAAAUAUCGAAGGGAAUGCUUACCAAAUGAAACUGUGUUAAACCUGGGUAAAAGAAAGUCUGAAUUUCUUAAAUUGUAGCAUGAAUCACGAGGUUUAAAAAUGUUGGUGAUGGCUUCGGAACACAUUUUAGUGUGUUUAACCUUGUACAUUAGGUCGCAUAUGUCUUGAAGACGUCUAUUCAACAGUGUUGGCAAAUUAGCCCUAUUCAAUAACUGAUGAUAAUUUGUUUAUUUUAGGAUCUUGUGUAAGCGUUUCUAAAAGCGGUAUAUUUUGUGAUCUUUCUAUAAUUAGACUAGUUGGAAAGUUCUAGAAUCUUAUUGUAAACGUAUAUAAGGUAGGCGAGCCCGAGUUAAGUUUUAACUAGUUUCCACAAGCGAAGAGAGUUUGACGUUGGUCGUGUUUAGUCAAGUGUGACGAAGGCAGUGUUUAUUCAAGUUGGCGGAGGCCGUGUAAGUUUAUCAAGUUUAUUCAAGUUGGCGGAGGCCGUGUAAGUUUAACGAGUUACGUGCUGUUGUGGAGUUUUACUCAGUGGAAACUACGUUCAUCUUUGGAAUAAAUCUUCUUGUUGCUGUUCCGACAACCCUGCGUUCAGUUUAGUUUGCAAGCUACCCGUCCUCUAAAAGAUUACCCGCGUAACAGUCGCAAACUCCCAAAAUAAACUCUUUGCACAAGUAACUGGAAAGAGGAGGAGAGACGUUGGGCUUGAAGUGCCAGUAAAGUACAUUCAAGCGGGUAUUCAAGGCAUGAAUUUAAUAAAAAACAAGUAAUAAUCCACAGCAAGAGGGGAUAAAGCUCGAGCUUUAUCCUCUCUUGUGCACAGAAAGGAGCUCGAGUUUGUUCCCACUAACGAUUGAAAUCCGGAAUCCAAGUUCUACCAGGAGAGAAUAGAUCAUAGUCUCUUGGUUCUACUGACAAAGACUUUAAUCCGGGACUUGAAUCCAGUAACUGGAAUCUGGAAUUACUUACCUAAUUUAUUGUCUUUUCUUAGCUCUGGUGGAGUUGAUAACUUACCGUUUUCAGUGUCCGGUUUUCUUUCUUUUUCAGCUUCAUGAUAUCGGGCGUUAUUAUUUCCUUACCUACUUACUCACUUAGUUAUUUACCAUGCAUGUUUUCAAGAUUUGAUUGAGACGCACAUUGAAUGGCUUCCUAUUGUCAGGUUGUCCUGGUUGCCAUUUAGGUGAAGAGAACAAGAAGUUAUAUUGAACACUCUGGGUUGCCGUCUCAGUUGUAAAAAUAAAAGCAUUAAGCGAAAAUCUUGCUUCGAGGAACAGACUCCUUUCUGUGGAUUAUUACUUGUUUCCAUAUUAAAUUCAUGCCUUGAAUACCGCUUGAAUGAAGUUUCAUGCGCCUAUUUACAUUUUCUUUCAGUUUUGCCGAAAACAUUUGUUAAAUAUAAGAGUUCUCGUUUCUUCUACCGACAGACUCGUAGCUUUUUGAGCCCUAGUUGGCUUUUUUAAAAAAAAGGCUUUAAGUUGUUGUAGCGUUUAUAAUCUGUAGUCUAUGAAGUGUAUCGAAUAUUUUUCAGUAAUUUAACCCCUAAGCAUUUGUGAGCAAUUUAUCGACAAGAAGAAAGCAAUGGUAACUUAUGGUAACUUUUUUAUCAGAUACUGUCAUGCAUAAGUAUAUUCAAAGCUGAAUUUACACAUAACUGGGUCCGAUAGAAAGAAAAAAAAUAUAAACUUGCGCUGAACACAAAAGUCGGCCAGCUUUUUCUUUUAGGUCUUUUUUUGAGACAUUAUUUUGUUGACUCUAACAUCCGUAACCUGUAAAUUGGCUACCGUAGAGUAUCGUGCAUAAAAAAGAUUUUUUCCCUUUAUAUUGUGUUCAUAUCAGUCGUUUUCACUUGGCUGUUACCUCGAACCCCAAAUCAUUUUCCCCUGCCGCGACAUUGGACCCGCGACCACGACUUUGGACCCGCGACCGCGACAUUGGAUCCGCGACCGCGACAUUGGACCCGCGACCGCGACUUUGGACCCGCGACCCGCGACCCGCGACUAUCAGUCAAACUCCCCAAGUAACCCCCUGGGGAGCAGCCGCAGUUUCGUUGGAAUCAUAACAGUCUUCCAGGGGGCGGGUAGAAGAGAACCCUGGAAACGAGGUUGAACAGUCUUGCUGGAAAGCUCCACGGGAUCUCAGUCAACCUUAAUAAGCGAAUUUUCUUUUCAACCUAAAUCAAAAUGAUUGGUUAAAAGAAUAGUGCCCUUUUGACCCACAUAUUUUUUAAAUGAAAAAAACAUAAACAGACCAGAAUCUUACUUUUCCAUGUAAAAAACAUGAAAUAUUUGGCGGCGUUGCCCAUGUUGCUCAUAUGGCUCGAAAACUUACUUUCAUAUGACAACAUGUGGGGUUUUUUUCGCACGCUCUGGAGGUCAAAGGGAUGUGAUUUUUUGUGAAAAAGAAUAUUCAAAAAAUUCUGCUACUCUUCCUAAGAAAAUAACUUGUUUAAUUUUUAAUAACUAACUGAAAGCUCACUGAUUUAUUAAUUUGGGCGACCAACUUGAAGGCACAGGCACCCCAGCUAAAAUGAUCUUUCAGGCCUGUGCACCCCAGCUAAAAUGCUUGGGGAACCAGAAGGGCUCCCGGAAAUGUUCCCUAGAGCACAGCCUUGCAGUCCUGUAGAUAUUGGAAACAUGAUACAUUGCCUGCUAUUGUUAUAUGUGGAAGUGCAUAUUUUGAGGACAUUUGUAAAGGGAAUGCAAAUUUCAGUGAACUACCGCAUACUCCCAACACAUAUGGUGGUAAUAUUGAUGUAAGUUUUGUUUUGAGUAGCAAAGGAACCCUGUGUGUAACACACCUUCUAAUAUAUUAGUCCUUAACAGAACAUCUCCGUCUCUCCUGCACACAUUUGUUGCAUACAGCACUCAACUUCCCAUUGCCAUUCAACAUACCGGUAAUUCUUUCUUACACCGACACAUCCCGUGUAAACGCCUUCGGGCGUCUUCUUGUUCUAAGGAGUUGUCGUUUCUUACACGGCUCGGAAUAUCGCAUUUGGUUUAAGAUCUCAAGUGGUUAAGGUAGGUUUACUUGCUACGACUUUGUCUUAUGAUGUCAGGAAGUAGGGGCCCUCUUUCUUUUCUUUCGUAAAGGUGAUAAACCAUUUACAGACGAGUCUCGCCUUGCGGACACCUCGCUAUUACGGACACUCCGCUACUGCGGACAGGAACAAGCCCCCCGGCGAAACGCAUAAAGAAAUGACUGAUAUGAACUCCCGCUGUUACGGAAAUGCAGACACUUUCCUGCCCCCAAGCGCUACAUUUUACUUGUUUUUUUCUCUCGGUAUAGCGGACACUUUGAGUACUUCGUCACAAAUGCUGACUCUCAUAAGAUAAAGAAUAAAGCGGCGUUACAGUAAAGAAAAAGAUGAGACAAAGUACUAUCGACCGCUUCUUUGUAAAAGAGUAAACAAUUGAAUGAUGUACAGCAUUACAUUGCCAUUAGAGUUUACAAACAUUUUGCGUUAUUUUAGCAUUCUACUGUAUAUAAAACUCGUUAGACAGAUUUCUGUUAUGAAUAUUCUGUGCAGCAUUUCUGCGAUAAAAGAGCUGCCAAGAACAAUAAAAAACAUUGUUUGACAGCAAGUUAACAUUUUAGCCAUCCACGUUACUGAACUUUCCGUUUGGUUUUUCAAGCCCUUUCUUAUGUAUCCCUUGUCAUUGUUGGAGCUUGGAAGUGAUAAUACAGCAUAUUUAGAUCUAUUAAUUUACAAUUUUAUCUUUAAUCUUUUAUGAUCCAUAGUUAAAAGAAGUAAAGAAUUGUUGAAACUACAGUGCUUCUGGGACUUACAUAUUAUUUCACAAGUUUAAAGAGAAAAUUUUUUUUUCUCUCGUACACCGCUAUUGCGGCCAAUUAUUUAUUUAUUUAAGUUGCGUGUACAUUUAAUUCGUUUAAUAACGUCCGCGACUGUGCUCACACGGUGGGUGGCUCCUCCUAAAAUGUUCUGCACAUGGUAUAGGAUUUAAUGGAGCCGAAACCAAUUGUGGAAUUGCAGGUAUUUUAGGCAUCCUACUGAUAAACAGUUGGGACACGUAGAUAUAUUUUUUAGCAACUACUAUAAUUUGGGAAAUGAAAAGGAGACAGGGCGUUAAAACGCUCAUACAGAACCCUUUUCCCUUCCCCUUGAACAGCCGACACGCAGGGUAAAACUAGCGUCCCUUUUUUUCCCUUCCUGCCAAUCCCCCUUCCCCGUUCGACAUCUGCUAUGCAGGCUACAGUACACUGAAGGACAACAAAUUUUAAAGCUGUGAAGAUACCUGACUGACCACUGUUGUCAAUACGUGUUCCUUCUAAUAAGGAUAACGCAAAUUUUCCGUAAAGUUCAUGCAUGUUAUACGUGCCUAUGUUAUUCUGGCAUUGUCCGAGGCAGACUGAGUACUAGUUCUAUAGUAGACACUUCAUGUAUAGGAACACAUCAGGAUCAUAUUAUUCCUUCUACAGUCUACAGUUAUUGAUCAGAGAUAGAGAGAGAACGCGACAACAAAUAUUCAUUUAAAAGGUAAGUAAAGCUCUUCAAUACAUUACAUAUACAUUCUGAAAUGAUUCAAGUGUAGGAUUAAUCAACGCAACAUAAAAUAUGGGAAAGCAAUCUUCCCUGGCGAUUCGUAGCAGCUGCUUACUGUUCAUAAUUAUUAAACUACAGCGGCUACAAAUUACCAUGCCAGGGAAAACCGUCGAUGUACAUAUCGACAAAGUUUACACUUAAAGAUUCUAGGGAUUUUAGAAAUGUUGAGGAUUUCUCAUUUUUUGUCCUUUUUAUAAUUUGAAAGUUCAAGGCCCUUGCAAGGGUCGACAUCAACUUCUUAAGUUGGAUGCCUUCGGGCAACAAAGCCUCACAAUCUAGUUGCCCGAAGUAAAAUGUUAAUUGCCCAAAACAUUUGGUACAAACAAAUUCAAUAAAGUUAUAUCUGCAAAACGGGUACCUUCUUAUUAACUUUCCUUAAUAUUGACAAACAAAGUUAUCAGAGGAUAAAUGAGGAUAAUAUUCUAAACAAAAAUUUGUUCACAUUAAUUUUAUGUGCCAAAUUGAAAUAGGUUUGAGCUCACAAGGCUGCUGCCUAACAAGCGCUCGGUGGCCAAAGGCGCCUAAGCACGAUUUAUCCUCAGACAAGCAAAAUUUCAAACACUGAGCCCGAACAGGUGCCUAAAACUUAUGAUUCUCAGGUUAACAUUUGGUGAACAAACAGCAAAAUUCCCUGUUUAUUUGGCACUUUUAAAAUGAAAACAUCGUCGGCUAUAGGCAAAAUAGUAUUUCUGUCAACAAAAGGUAAACAAACAAGCACUUGUCUUGAAUCCUUCUGUGACUUCCCCUGCACUGCAGUUGAAGUUUCUCAUCUGAAAACACCAUUGAAUGAAUUUAAUAGUCUUUGAAAAAAACCUUUGAUAUCAAAAUCGUGACAUUUUCCCCAGUAUUAGAAACGUUAGGUUGCUAUUGCGUGAAGAAAAAAACUGAUAAAAAGUCGAGAUCCGUAGAAAAGCAAGAGGUGUCAAAUCACAAAUAACAUUACUUUUGCAAAUUUGUAGUGCUUUCUAUCCUGCUAUAAACAUGAACGGUACACUCAUUUAUUCAGCAUUAUCUACACCUAUUUUUUGCUGUAUGUUUUGUGUUAACAUUUGUGAGAGGCUUGAAAAACAUUCCAGUUUUUGAAAAUGAUUUGCGGCGGCUAUUCAAGAUCAUAUUUUAAUCUCUUUUUAAUUUACUCAUUCACACACUUAUGCAUGUAAAUAGAAACCUUCACAUUUAUAAAACAGUUUUGAUAGUUCAAAAGAUAGACUUGAUACAAAAAUACUGAGUCAUGUUAACCUACAGCUUUCACAGAAAUUUCAGUUGCCCAAUCGUGCAACUAGGAUCCUAGACUUACUUGUCUGUAUAAAAUUUUUAGUUGCCCCGGGAAAGUAGGCAGCCAUUGAUAUCAAGCCCUGGUUCAAGGUUUUAUAUGAUCGGUGGUGUUGCAUUACCCUGUGGUUUACUGGCCACCCAAGUUUGACCGUAUUUUUUGCACACUCAUCGUACAUUAGCACAUGAUUAUGUUAUUUUUUUGUAUAAGAAACUAUUUAACAAUUAUUCCUUGAGCCCAAGUGGGAUCUGAUGCAAUAGCCCAUGAGACCGAAGCAGCGUGCAAAGAAAGUCGUGUCCGAUAGCCCGGGGCUAGUGGAUUUUACUGUUGGGCUAGUGAUUUUUGUUCUUAACUUGCCCGACGGGCAAGUGUUUGUUUUUUUUGAAAUUCAAAUUACAGAACGAUUGUAAUCAAUCCUGCUAAUCAAAAAGGGUUUUGGGGUUAGUUGAAAUGAGUUGUGGGCUAGUACAUGCUAACUACAGCUUGCCUGAAUGGCCGGCUGUAAAACUGCCUUUCUUUGCACCAUGCCGAAGGCUGAAUGGGCUAUUGACUCUGAGGCCAUGAGGGUGAGAGGAAUAAUAGUUUUAGUAAAAUCCAACUAGUUGGUCAAAAAUAUCAAGAAUAAAAAAAUUUAGCUAGUUAAUUUAAAGCUAGACUUUAAUCCUUUUUUGCUGCCAAAAGGCCGCGCUUUUCGCUACUAGUGGGCUAUAACAUAUAGCCUAGUAGUAGCUCAACCAAUCAGAAUGCAGCAUUGAUAAUAGACCACUAGUUGGAUUUUACUAAAUACAUGUAUGUAGGCUUUAUUGAUUAAAUUUGUCAAAGUAAUUCAAUCCAAUUUAAGUGUAACUAAAUGCAUAAAAAGGUAUCACUCUUUCUUGUCUAACAAAAUAAUAUAGUUUCCCUACAUGUAACUGAACCCUUUGACCACUGGCUAUUCUGAAGAUAAGUGCCCUGGACACUGGCAGUUUUGAAAAAAAGCAUUUUUUCAGGAAAAAAAAAGACAGCAUACAAGGUUUUGAAUAGCGGAGGGGUCCAACAAUGAGUGUCAUGGACUUUCCUUCCCAAGCUAAGCAACAACAAUUGGCUCUUAUGAUUGGAUCUUUUUCCACUGGUUUACUGAAAACAUUUUAUGUAACAUUUUACAUACUCAAGUGUGGUCAAGUUAAUUGCUUGUUCAACUCCUAUUUUCAGUUCUGCUCUGAUAAGAGACUCAGGUCAUUCUCAAGUAAUAAACUAGUAAAGUAGUAAAACAACUGUUUAAGGAAAACUUUUCAAUCAGAAUAUUUCCUUAUUUAUUUAUAACUUAUCCAAGAACCUGUCCUAAGAACUGAAGACCUGAGCCUGUCUUGCUUCAACAAACAUUGCAGAGAUUUUUAUAGCAAUAAGAUAGGUUCUGUGUACGGUGUUCGCUUACACCCCAAAGUUUGACUAAAUCAGGAUACUUUUUACAUCUUUAUGAAUUGUUAUGAAAUUACAACACUAGUAUAAUAUUGUAAUGUUUACUAAACCUUAGUGGCAUUUAUGGAGGUAGGAAUGGCAUAAUUGCAAAAUUAUAACGGAAAUUCACUUGUGUGUUGACCUCUCAAACGUUACAUUAACCCACGCCGAAAUAUAAAAUGUUGUGCUCCGAGCAACUUAUAGCCAAACAUUGUCCGGUUUUUUACCCAGUAUGACUUGCACAUGAAACAAACACUUGUUUUCCAUUUUUUCAAGCAGCUUACAAGAGUUUUAGACAUGUUAUCAGCAUGAAAAAUGAUAACUUACCAUUGUCCAAGAUGGCAAACACAAAAACGAAUGCUUGCUACAAAAUCCUUUGCGCUGGAUACUCUUUACCUGUAGCAAGAAAAUGUCUUUUCAAGAUGCACAAUAACGAAAGAAUAUUUUUGUAUAAGCACCGUACAAAGUGAGUGUUUUUUACUCUACCUGAAUGGCAUGUCCAAGGCGGCCAUCCCAAGAAGUAAUACAGUGCACUCAUAGUGCACUGGGCUCGGUGCAUUAGUGCACCAAAGUGCACUUUUUUGGUAAACCAAAGUGCAAUGUUAUUAGUAAUUCAGUGCAUAAUACUAAAAACAAGUGCACCUGGUGCACUUUAAAAUACUGUUAACAGUGCACUGUUUCGAUGCAUUAGUGUCCAGGCUUCAAUGAUGUGGUUUAUCAACUGCUCUGUUACAUGUAAAGUGUACAAUUGGAAAUGUUGAUGAAAAUAACCCUUCAUUUAGGAAGGCUUUUUUGAAACCGAAAUCAGUGAUACCGAUGCAGCCUGAAACAUUUAAUAUGGGGAGUGUUUUGCAGAUUCUCAAAACUCCCACGAGGUGGUUAUCAUUAAUUCUGGAUUCAGAAACGUUGAACUCACGAAGAUUUGCGAAUGUUGCCAUGACGUUAAAAUUCAGCUGUUAGUUCUAGUUUUCACUGAGCUUUGCAAUGUUAAGAAUUCGCAAACUUCUCCAGUGGUUUCUCCUGUCAUGGUUAUUGACAUAUUCCCAAGAUAUACUGUAACUUUUUUCACUAAAUCAAGUAAUUUGAUGUCUGCUGUGUGAACCCAGGUAACUCUUCUCAUUACAUUCUUCAGCUGUGUGAGGGCAAGACAUUCAUGCAAUCGAAUUGACUCAAAUUUUUCACUGGGAGCCUUUCUCACAAUCGACGGAACUUCAGAAAUCCUGUUCCACCUUUUGGAAAUGAGAGAGAUGGUUCUUCAAAGGAGAUGAAACAAAAUAAGGAAGCUGAUUUUAAUCAGAAACAACAUGGUCCAAAAUUUAAAAACAAAACAUGAUGUGACUAACGUUCUAGUGACUGCAGAGAAUAAGUGCACUAGUGUAUUGAAUUUGGUGCACCAGUGCAUCGCGGUGCACAGUGCACCAAAACAGUGCACUUGGCCUAUGUAGUGCUUUUGGGAAGCAACACCGUACACAUAGCGGAUAAAUGGCCUUGUUCUUUAUUGCCCACAGGUUACUUUGGAAUGAUAUCAUGGUGCAGUUUUCAGUCAUGAUUAACAGUUAAGAUUGUGUUACUUUUUCUGACAAUUUCUUUUUCUUUCUUAUUAUUUAAUUGGGUGGAAUAGCUUGUAAGGUUCUUCUGUUUGCUACUAGUCCUUCCCCACUGCUAUCUUGUGUCUGGUUUUUAAAAUUGUGUACAGUGAAAAUGGAUUAAGUCUUAAGCCACAAGAUUUUCCAAGCCAGACAUGUGCUUUAAGUAUGGGAUGCAAAGCUUUUCACCAGUCUUUCUUGAUCCUUUAAUCUUUUAAUCAAUAUACUCCUAGAACAGUUCAAACUAUACUACAAGUGGCAGCAAAAUUGUUGAGACAAUGUACUCAAAUAGGGUAACUUCAGAGAACCAAAAAAUGCGCACCCCUCCCUUGUUCCCCUCCAGUCAAAGUUGGGGUGUUUGUUGUUUUCUAUAGGUAGCUAGAACAUGGGCACAACAUUGCACAGAGGGGAUGGGGGAGGACUGCUAUAUUUCCUCCUUUUAAAAUUAAUAAAACGUAAAAAGAAACCAGUUUUGCGCAAAGUGUCUCAACCCAUUUUGUCGUCGAUUGUAGCGUCUAGGAGUUAAUGUUAAAAAAUAUGUGCAUGUACACUAGACAUGAAAUUUUUACCAAAACAAUGAAAAUUCAACUUGCUUUUGACAAUUGUUUUGACAUAAAUGUAAGGGAACUUGAUGUUAAUUUAAAAAAGAAAGUGAUCCAUGCAUUGAAAUUUACAAAAUUCUUUAAAAAUGAAUAAAGACAUGAAGAAAACAAAUAAAAAUGUGGGGAAUUUGUUGCUUAGAUGAUCAUAAAUAAAAGCCUUAUUGAAAAGAUAGUUUUAAACUAAACAUUUGAAUUCAUUUAAGACUUCCACAGCAUCUUGGCUUAUUUUCUUCUGGUCCGUUCAUUUCUUCUUAUAGGCCACUGGUUUUGAGACAAUUACUAUUAGAAGAGGUGGUUCUUAACUUAUAGGGGUUUUAGUAAUGAGACAAAAACUAUCAGAAGAUUUAAGGUUCAGAGCUUGGCAGGGGUUUAAAUGAGAAUGAAGUAUUAGAAGAAUGAUUCUGACAAAACUUUAAAGCAGUCAUAAAACUAAAAAAGAUACUUUUUACGAUUAUUUAAACUCAUUAUUGAUCAGCAUCGAAAAUAAAAAACUUUAUAAAAAUAUGACUAUAUCUUUCUUUUACUAAAUUUAGUGCCUGGAACACUGACAAUUGCAUUUUGUGGCAUCCAAAGAUAUAAAAAUAUUGUGGGGGAGUCUGCCCCUACACUUCCCUCAAAAGAGAAGGGGGGCUGACAGCCCUCUUUUUGAUUCGGUCAGUUACUCUAUUAAGGUGGCCGGCACCUAUUUAUAUGCACGUUGGUUACGUUUUUGAAUCGCGUUUUCGUCUAGAGAGAUUUAACCAAUUUCUAUGAUUUUUGGCAUCCUUAGUAAAGAAUGGUCGAACUUUAAGAAAAUGUUACUUAUUUUCUUAUAGGUAUCAAAACGUUUGAGGUAUCGGCAUUUGCUUAAAACCGCAUUUUUACAAAAAAUGUUAAUAACUUCAAAACCAUGAGACAGCACAAAUGGAAGCUCCCCUGAGGGACACCGUGGGCAAAUACAAAUUACUUGCGAUGUAUGGGGGCUUUGAAAGAUUACUUUACCCCAGAGUUGGGGGAAAUGAGGGAGGUUUGGUUUACAACAACCUUGCACCACAGGGAAAAACCGGGGACUUUUUAGAAAGAAAUGAGGUUGAUUGGAUAUAUAGACGACUUGUCCAGAAGAUCACAGGCUUAGCUCUCUCCUUGUGGUGGACCACUUCUAUUAAGGAAACACUUCAUUGUACUCAUAAAGAACAUUUAAAUCAACAAGAACAUUGUAGAAUAGAUAGUUUAUUUUGGGUUCUUUCUUUUCUACAGUGUAUAUUUUGCUCCUGGCAUUGCCUCUGUAAUUUUUUUAUUUAUUUAUACUGGUUUAAUGAGUAAGUUAUUGUUUGGUGAGUUAUUCAUAAGGUAAUAAUGAUGUUUUUUUAUGUUGUGUCGAAAAGGUAUAAACAAGAAGCUCUGCUGCAUGUCUUUACAGUGCAAGAAGUGUGGAAAGUGUUUUAGUAUAGCAGGAGACCUAAGGAUUCAUGCAAGAGUUCACACUGGGGAAAAGUGUUAUGAAUGUAAACAUUGUGGCAAGUGUUUUAGCCGAUCAGGAGAGCUAAGCAGUCAUGAAAGAGUUCACACUGGGGAAAAGCCCUACGAAUGUAAACAGUGUGGCAAGUGUUUUAGUGUAGCAGGAAACCUAAGGACUCAUGAAAGAGUUCACACUGGGGAAAAGCCUUACGAAUGUAAACAGUGUGGCAAGUGUUUUAGUGUAGUAGGAAACCUAAGGACUCAUGAAAGAGUUCACACUGGGGAAAAGCCUUAUGAAUGUAAACAGUGUGGCAAGUGUUUUAGCCGAUCAGGAGAACUAAGGAGUCAUGACAGAGUUCACACUGGGGAAAAGCCUUAUGAAUGUAAACAGUGUGGCAAGUGUUUUAGUUUAGUAGGAAACCUAAGGAGCCAUGAAAGAGUUCACACUGGAGAAAAGCCUUAUGAAUGUAAACAUUGUGGCAAGUGUUUUAGCCGAUCAGGAGUCCUAAGGAGUCAUGAAAGAGUUCACACUGGGGAAAAGCCUUAUGAAUGUAAACAUUGUGGCAAGUGUUUUAGCCGAUCAGGAGAGCUAAGGAGUCAUGAAAGAGUUCACACUGGGGAAAAGCCUUAUGAAUGUAAACAUUGUGGCAAGUGUUUUAGUGUAGCAGGACACCUAAGGAGACAUGAAAGAGUUCACACUGGGGAAAAGCCUUAUGAAUGUAAACAGUGUGGCAAGUGUUUUAGCCAAUCAGGAGAGCUAAGGAGUCAUGAAAGAGUUCACACUGGGGAAAAGCCUUACGAAUGUAAACAGUGUGGCAAGUGUUUUAGUGAAGCAGGACCCCUAAAGACGCAUGAAAGAGUUCACACUGGGGAAAAGCCUUACAAAUGUAAGCAGUGUGGCAAGUGUUUUAGCCAAGCAGGAAACCUGAGGAGUCAUGAAAGAAUUCACACCGGGGAAAAGCUGUUUUUUCAAUCCCAGAGCCUUAAUAGUCACGAGAAAGUCCACAGUACAAAACACUCGCAUAAAUGUAAUAGUAACGAAAUUGUUUCUAAAGGUUUGCCUUGCAAGAGUAAGAGGGCAGUAAGUAAUGUGAGGAUUAGAGUUAUAAACGCGACACCUACACAGAGAGAGACUGAAGACAAUAGGAUAGAAGACCAGCGAUCAGACAUCAUUGAGAGACAUACCUGUUGGAUUUGUCAAGAGGAGAUGGGUAAUGAAUCUCUUCUUCUUCAACAUUAUGAAAAUCAUAUGAGAUAUAUACCUUCAGGUGGUUCCUAAAGAACCUUUCUACUACGGCCAUUUUCUUCUGUCUCCAAUGUGGCUGUUGUGGAGAGGUUCAACUGUAGACUUCGCGAUUUUGAAGGUGGACACCAAUUCUUAAGGGGUGUUUACAUGAGAAAACUCGCACUGGCGCGAAUUUCAUACCGGGAUGACUGUUUGAUUUCGUAUCGCGUUUACAUGAUGACUGGCUUAAUUCAUAUCUCGCUAUUUGAAGGUACACGUCAUGUUGAUAAAAUACAAAUGUGUGAUUCAAAAUCGCAAACAUACCGCAUGUGCUACCUGUUCCAGUCUACCAGCAGACCGAUUUCACACCGAAACGUGUGAGAUUUCGAACCGGAGUGAAUUUCUCACCCCGGUACAAUAACCAGAGUGAACUCGCGCCUGGGUGACUCACGCCGGCAUGACAUUUUGUGUUGGUAUUAUGUAAACAAAUGCAGAGCCAUCAGGGGGAACCGGAGUGAACUCACUCCGGCGUGAAAGUUGCCCCCAGUGUCAUGUAAACAACCUCUUAGGUAUUCCUGUUAUACUUGCAAUAUUAAUUGUACAGGCACCAGUUGUUUGAACAUUGGAUUAGGCUAUCCAUCAUAUGAAUCACUUUCCAUAGGAAAAGUAAAAAUGGAAAUAACUAUUUAGUUAGUUUGUGUUAUUCCCUGGAAAGGGGUUUAUCCAAUGGAUUUAAACAUCUAUGGCCCAGUCAGUAAUAUAGAUUUUUAACUGUCCAGUUUUAUCGACCAGAGUAUUGCCAGUCCAUCACCUUUCCUAACGAGUGAGAAAUACUGAAUUUAAAUAAAAUCAAGCAGGGUGCAAAGAAAGCCAUGUCUGUUAGCCCGGGUCUAGUGGAUUUUCCUAUCGGGCUAGUGAUUUUUGUUCUUAACUUGCCCAAUGGGCAAGUGCUGUUUUGGGGGGGAAAUUCAAAUUACAGAAGGAAUGCAAUCAAUUCUGCUAAUCAUAAAGGGUUUUGGAGCCUAGUUGAAAUGACUUGUGGGCUAGCACAUGCUAGCUACAACUUGCCCGAAUGGUAGACUGUAAACUAACUUUCGUUGCACCCUGAAUCAAGGAACCAGCCCCCAGGCGAAACGCAUAAAGAAAUGAAUGAUAUAAACUCCCGCUAUUCCUAGUAUUACGGGAAUCUGGACACUUUCCUGCCGCCAAGCGCUACAUUUUACUUGUUUUUUCUCUCGCUAUAGCGGGCACUUAAGUACUUCGUCAAAAAUCCUGACUCACAUAAUGUGAAGAAUAAAGGGACGUUACAGUAAAGAAAAAAUGACACAAAGUACCAUCGACCGCUUCUUUGUUAAAGAGUAAACAACUGACUGCUGUACAGCAUUUUAGGGAGAAAAGACAUUGCCAUUAGAGCUUAUGAACAUUUUGAGUUAUUUUAACACUCUACUGUAAAAGUCGUUAGACAGGUUUCUGUUAUGAGUAUUCUGUGCAGCAUUUCUGCGAUAAAAGAGCUGCCAAGAACAAUAAAAAACCUUAUGUUUGACAGCAAGUUAACAUUUUAGCCAUCCACGUUACUGGAGUUUCCGUUUGGUUUCCCUUUCUUAUGACCUUGGAAGUAAUAAUACAGCAUAUUUACAUCUAUUAAGUUACAAUGUUAUCUUUAAUCUUUUAUGAUCCAUAGUUAAAAGAAGUAAAGAACUGUUGAAAGUACAAUGCUUCUGGGACUUUUACAUAUUAUUUCACAAAUUUAAAUUAGAGAGAACAUUUUUUUUUCUCUCGUACCCCACUAUUACGGGCUCUAAAUCUUCCCCCCAAGGUUGUCCGCAGUAACGGGAGUCGACUGUAACACGUCAAAAGACUGGUAGGUGUGUAGAUCAGAGUUGUUGUCAAAUAUGACUGAGUUACACAAAAUGUUCUUUAACGCACGUAAACCUUUUGUUUCGUGUUAGGUUACGUGACGUUCGUGUCAUGUGAAUUCACUUAUCGACAAUUAGGAAUUUGUCUUUUGUCUUUUUGCCCCCGCAGGGAUUUCGCCCAGAGGGGAAAUCUCGAGGAGGCACCCUAGUAACUCGCGCGUAUAUUAAGGAUAGUACUUACAGUUCAAAUAUACAGUCAGUAUACUAGAAAAAAUCUCGAUUUGCUCGAACUGGGGCCGCGAGGAAUCGGUAGGUAAUGAUGACGUUUCUAUUGUUUGCGCCCGCAGGUACGAAAUGGUUAGGAUUACGUAAAGACAGAAAAUCCCGAAGGGACCGCUCAGGUAGAUUUUGUGACAUUUAUUGUGAAGUCACACUUCGAUACUCUUUUGCGUUACGCAGUGACAUUCUGUGGAGCAGUUGUUUUGAAAUUUAUGGGCCAAAAGACACUCGUUAAGCGCAGGGGAGGUUACAAGGUGUUUUUAACUGUGUAUAUAUAAACACUUGGAGAGUUUGCCAGACACGAGUUCACAAAUCUUUGAUUUAUAUUGGAAACCUUGCCGGACACUCUUCCUCUCUCUUUGACCGGAAUAAGACUCUGUUUCAAACAAGCAAGACGAGUGAACAAGGGUUAGCUUAUCACAAGUAGACUGUGAUGGACAUUUACAGAAAUUCGCCGACAAUCAAAUUCUGUGCUGACUUAUUCUCUGCUCACAGAUGUCCUUCUGUUAUAAAGUUUCAAAUAAGACUAGAAUGCGCUAGCGUGAAUCGAUCAAACGUCCUUUUAAUUUCUAAGAUUUACUUUCCAGCAAAUAAAAUGAACUGAAUGUAAAAAGGGGAAGAGAAAUAGCGAAAAAUUCAACUUCUAAUUAAAUCUUUUCUUAUGGUUUAGGAUAAACUAUUCUCGAAACUGAGAAUGUUUUGAUCAAAGCUGUGUAAAUCGAGCUGAAACUGUGCAUGGACCCUUGCGUUUCCUGUAUUUAUCUCACCUAUUGUAUGGAAUAUGUGUGAAAAUCUUCCUUAUGAAUCGGUAUAUUUCAAAGAGCUACACAACCAGCAAGAAUACUAUUGACCCACAAUAUACAGAACGGGGGCAGCUGUAGUGUGAACUAUUAGUAGUCAUAAAUUAUAAAUACUUACGCAUACGUGGAUAAAGAAACAGUUCUCUUGGGGAAAAUCACAUGGCCUGAAAUGGAAAAACAAAACAUACAAGCAAAACCUAAAAAGGUUUAUUGAUAAGAAAUGGUAUAAGAGACGAGGGUAACGGUCAGAGAUAACCACGUGAUUAACUUUACAUGCCAUUAUUUACGUUUCCGGGUUUUCCGAUCGCCAUUUUGAAAGUGUAGAGGGUGUUUGUCAUGUUCGUGGAAAAAACUGUUUUUUUCCACCGUUAUUGGCUGGGGAGCGGGCGAGUGCUGUAGUGUUUUGACGUCGGAAUCGCGUGUAGGUUGCGGUGAGGGUAAAAGGCGGAAUGAGUUUGCGGAAUGGCAUGUGGCAUGGCUUGCAGAAUGACAUAAUUAUCCUGAAUUUAAUAUAACUAUAAAUGGCGUAAAGAAAUAAAUUAAACAGGAGAGCAUGCGCGCGUCUCUGCCGGGCGUUUUUUUGGCGCCAAUUUGAAGGAGCAACCACUAUGCCGGUUGGUUUAUUUACUGCUAUUAAAACAAGGCUAAAAUUGAAAUUGAAGGAAUGAAACAACAAAACUUUAGAGGCAAAUAAUACACGGUUGUUUGAAUUAAAAAUUCAAUUUUGGUACUUCCGUACACUAUACACCUUAUCAUGGUUUCGGAAGCCAUCUUGAAGGGAAGGCAACCGCUUGAUAAAUUACAUUGUUUUUAUGGGAAUCUAAUGUUGGAUAAUUUUCGUAAAGCGGCUGUUCGGAAAAAAAAAAGAAAUUGUAAAAUUAAGCUUCACAGCAAAGGACUGUACUAACAAUUAAUUGAGGCCACACCUGUGCCUAAAUCAGGGGCACCCAACGAGAAUAUAGUUCAAAACCACUUAAACAUAGCAUUGUUAAACGUAUUUUAGUAGUUAAACUGUAGAUAAAGGUACAUCUUUAUCCCCUAACAAUUUUUCAUCUGUUCGGCUUUCCUAAAUGAAAGACUAGUGAUCCGAAAAUGAUAGGGAUCAAAACUUACCUUUUCGAAACUUUCAGCCAGAAAGAAGGCUUCCGAAAAUUCUAGGUGACCUUUUUAGGGUAAAAAUCCGUUAAAAAUAGGCAAUUAUACCAUUUUUUCGAUGUUCGAAAAUCCUAGGAGAGGCAGGCAAGAAAGAAAUUUUACAACAAAUGUUCCGAAAAUUCUAGAUCUCAAAUCGUCUUCCGAACAGAUAUUUUUCCGAAAAUUGUCAUUGGGUGCCCCUGCUAAAUUUGUCCGGUCGCUUGCGUUAUAUUCUCCAGACAUGUGUCUGCAAUUUUCCCCGGGAAUUUAAGUCGGCAGGAAGAAAAACCUUUUACACAGUCCACUGUACAUUUUCACGCGGCUGCCAAUCCGUCAACAUGGCCUCCAAAACCAUGAUUAAGUCUGUUUUUUACUUGUCACACGCUUAAAACAUGGUUCGAGUCAUUGAGGGUAAAAUCACAUAAAAAUGCUCUGAAGAGAAACAAAAAUUAGUAUUACUUCGAGUUUAAUCAGGGGCACCCAAUGAGAAUAUAGUUCAAAACUACUUAAACAUAGCAUUGUUAAACGUAUUUUAGUAUUUAAACGUUAGGUAUAGGCAUAUUUUUAUCCCCUAAAAAAUUUUCAUCUGUUCCGAUUUCCUAGUGAAAUUCUAGUGAUCCGAAAAUUAUACGGAUCAAAACUUACGUUUUCGAAAAUUUCAGCCAGAAAAAAAGCUCCCGAAAAUUGUAGGUGACCUUUUUAGGGUAAAAAUCCGUGAAAAAUUGGCAAUGAUACCAUUUUUUAGAUGUUCGAAAAUCCUAGCAGCGGCUAGCCUGAAUUUCAUCCGAUUACUUCGAGUCGUUAUUACUCCCUCAGUAACGACGUUGGUAAGAGGAGAAAACGACUCGAAGCGAUCGGAUGAAGUUCAGGCUAAGGAGAGGCAGGCAAGUAAGAAAUUUUACAACAAAUGUUCCGAAAAUUCUAGAUCGCAAAUCGUCUUCCGAACCGGAUAUUUUCCGAAAAUUGACGUUGGGUGCCCCUGUUUAAUAGCAUGAGGUUCGAGUCAAUCGCGAGGGCUCGAGUUGUGGGAGUCGACUGAUAUCCUUUUUAAGAGAAUUUUCUCUCAUUUUGCCUUUUAGAAUAUUCCGUAUAAAAUAUUUCGUGUUCUGUUUAAGAAUAUCCUGUAAAUUCCGCGUCUUAGAAUAUUCCGUAUAUUCCGUGUUUUAGAAUAUUCCGUCAUUCCGCCAUUCUAACGAAUAGGGUCACCCUAUUUAAGCAUGUUACGGGUAGGCCAGUCCAAUAUAUUCUUUAAUUUAUUUGCGAAUUUAAGUAGAAGUUGGAAGUUGGAAAAUGGUUGGUCAAAGGUAUUUAUAUAGAACUCGGGCUGUAAUUUGUAUUACUUUCGUUUCUAACUAGGCAUUUCUCGAUUCAAAACAAAUUUUUUGGGGGGGAGGGGAGGGGGGAUCCUUUCGAGAUACUCUGAACUCUCUCGUAAGCGAUCACCCAGUCCCUUGCUGCACAAUAAAGUGGUCGAUUACGGGCGGUGGUCGUCUACGGAAAAAAUCAAGAAAAUUAACUCAAACUGGCCUGAUUAACGUAAUUACAUAAAGUUCUUACAUUACAAGCUGAAGUUAGUCAAAUAGACAAUCUAGCAUUUAAUGAGGUUUCACGUUGAAAAGCGCUGAACAGUUUGCAUCAGUGUUUACUCACAGAUUGACUAGAGCCAUCUUUUUAAUUCAACCUCGUAACGAGGUUGUUUUUAAUUGUGAGUCAACUGCUAAAAUCUGUCAGCACGCUUGUUCAAGGCGCUUCAAAAAACUGAAUUUUUGUGACAUUCGAGUAAUAGUUUUGUUACAAUCAUACGUGAUUAUGCUGGUUGGUCGCUUACAGGGAACAGAAAUCAAAACGGAAUAUCUUCUGGCCAAAAAGUGAUCGCGGUAGUUUAAGAAAUUUGAGUAGUGGUCGCUUACAAGAGAGUUUUUGAAGAGGUAUUAUGCUGCGAAACAAAACGAGUAUCAGUACAAAGUGGUCGCUUAGUGGGUGGUGGUUGCUUACGGGAAGUGGUCACUAUUAGAGAGUUGACUGUAGUUUCGAAUUCUACCCUCCUCAACGUCAAAAACUUAACACGACUGAUAGGCCCUAUUAGGUGGUCAGUUUAAUACAUGGCAAGGGACGCAAGAAACGCACUCCUACAAUGAGCGAUCGGUGAAAUGAUUUGAGCCAAUCUCGUACCCAGAUCUGGGUUCAAGGUUAGACGUGAGCUCCUCGUUGUUUUGUCCCAUUGGAGUGCGCGUCUUUAGCUUCAUCAAGACUGCUUUGUACCACGUGACUAAUGACGUCAUCAUUAACCCUUUCAGCCCAAACAUCUUCAAAAUAAUGGUGUGAUGAUCCAUUUUUGUGAAGAAUCUCAAUUUAAAGAAUUUGAUAAAAUUUUCAUUUUUCCUUAGGUGAUCAUUUUUUAAAUUUUUAUAACCUUUUCUCUCAAUUAUGUAUUGCAUUGUUAAGAGAAAAUUGAUCUUAACCAUCCUUUGGACUUCAAGGGCAUAUUUCUACAUUCUUUUCAGAUUCAGGUUUUUGUGAGCAUUCUUAAGUAGUAGGGGCACCCGACUACGGUUUCCUCCUAUAUGCAUUGAAAUUGGUUUUUAGGCUAUAAAGAGUACUUUUUGAUCUUGAGAAAUGCAUUCUAAUUAGUCCCUGUUUGGUCAUCCUAGGGCAACUUGAGCCUUUUAGAAUUUAAAGGGGCUUCAGUAUUAUUUUCCCGAAAAUUUUACAUGCAAUUUAUCAUGGUAAUUGAACUGAGUGGUUUGAAAUUAUAAGCGUGAUUUUAAAAUCGGACGAGCCAUUUUCAAGUCGCCGAAUUCAGUCAGUACCAAUAUUUAUUUGACCAAGUAGCCAGUUUGUAGAAAAGUAGAAAUGAAAAGGCUUUUACAUCUCAUUUUGUAUUCGAAACAGAAAUUAUGCAAUAUAGAGCGAAAAUGGUGCGAUUUAAAAGAGAAAAGACGUAAUUUGGAACAGAUGUGAUUUAGAGCGAAGAAAACGUAUAAUUCGUAGGCUUACUGUACUUUGCGAAACGAGAUGGAACGGAAAAAAAUGAAAAUCUGUAAUUUGCGAAAUGAAAAGGAGACAGGGCGUUAAAACGCUCAUACAAAACCCUUUUCCCUUCCCUUUUAACAGCCCGCCACGCAGGCUAAAACUAGCGUCCCCUUUUUUUCCCUUCCUGCCAGUUCCCCUUCCCCGUUCGACAUCUGCUAUGCAGGCUACUGUACACUGAAGGACAACAAAUUUUAAAGCUGAGAAGACAUCUGACUGACCACUGUUCUCAAUACGUGUUCCUUCUAACAAGGAUAAAGGAAAAUUUCCGUAAAGUUCAUGUAUGUUAUACGUGCCUAUGUUAUUCUGGCAUUGUCCGAGGCAGACUGAGUCCUAGUUCUAUGGUAGACACUUCAUGUAUAGGAACACCUCAGGAUCAUAUUACAGUCUACAGUUAUUGCUCAGAGAUCGAGAGAGAACGCGGCAACAAAUAGUCAUUUAAAAGGUGAGUAAAGCUCUUCAAUACAUUAUAUAUACAUUCUGAAAUGAUUCAAGUGUAGGAUUAAUCAACGCAAUGUGGGAAAGCAAUCUUCCCUGGCGAUUUGUAGCAGCUGCUUACCGUUCAUAAUUAUUAAACUACAACAGCUACAAAUUACCAUGCCAGGGAACACCGUCGAUGUACGUAUCGACAAAGUUUACACUUAAAGUUUCUAAGGAUUUUAGAAAGGUAGAGGAUUUCUCAUUUUUUGUCCUUUUUAUAAUUUGAAAGUUCAAGGCCCUUGCAGGGGUCGAUAUUAACUUCUUAAGUUAGAUGCCCUUCGGGCAACAAAGCUUCACAAUCUAGUUGCCCGAAGAAAUAUGUUAGUCGCCCAAAACAUUCGGUACAAACAAAUGAAAUAAAGUUAUAUCUGCAAAACAGGUACCCUCUUAUUAACUUUAAUAUUCACAAACAAAGUUAUCAGAGGAUAAAUAAGGACAAUAUUCUAAACAAAGAUUUGUUCACAUUUAUUUGCCAAAUCGAAUUAGGUUUGAGCUCACAAGGCUGCUGCCUAACAAGCGCUUGGUGGCCAAAGGCGUUUAAGCAUGAUUUAUCCUCAGACAACCAAAAUUUCAAACACUGAGCCCGAACAGGUGCCUAAAACUUAUGAUUCUCAGGCUAACAUUUGGUGAACAAACAGCAAAAUUCCCUGUUAAUUUGGCACUUUUAAAAUGAAAACGGGAAACAUUUAGUUAGUUUUGUCGUCGGCCAUAGCCAAAAUAGUCUUUCUGUCAACAAAAGGUAAACAAACAAGCACUUGUCUUGAAAUCCUUCUGUGACUUCCCCUGCACUGCAGUUGAAGUUUCUCGUCUGAAAACAGCAUUGAAUGAAUUUAAUAGUCUUUGAAAAAACCUUUGAUAUUAAAAUCACGACAUUUCCCCCACCAUUAGAAACGUUAGGUCACUAUUGCGUGAAGAAAAAACUGAUAAAUAGUCUCGAUCCGUGGAAAAGCAGAGGUGUCAAAUUACAAAUGACAUUGCUUUUGCAAGUUUGUAGUGCUUUCUAUAUUGCUACAUUUGUAUGAGCAUGAACGGUACACUCGUUUAUUCAGCAUUAUCUACACCCGUUUUUCGCUGUAUGUUUUGUGGUAGCAUUUCUGAGAGGCUUGAAAAACAUUCCAGUUUUUGAAAAUGAUUUUUUAAUUUACUCAGUUGUGCACAAUGCAUGUAAAUACAAACCUUCACAAAAUAUUAUAAAACAGUUUUGAUAGUUCAAAAGAUAGACUUGAUCCAAAAAUACUGAGUCAUGUUAAUUUACAACUUUCACAGAAAUUUCAGUUGUCCAAUCGGGCAACUAGGAUCCUAGACUUAUUUGCGAGGAUAAAAUUUUAAGGUGCCCCAGGCAAGUGGGUAGCUGUUAAUGUCGAGCCCUGGUUCAAGGUAUUAUAUGACUGCUGGUGUUUCAUUACCCUGUGGUUUACAGGCCACCCAAGUUUGACCAUAUUUUUUGCACAGUCAUCGUACAUUAGCGCAUGAUUAUGUCAUUAUUUUGUAUAAGAAACUAUAUUUAUAUACAUGUAUGUAGGCUUUAUUGAUUAAAUUUGUCAAAGCAACUCAAUCCAAUUUAAGUGUAACUAAAUGCAUA